AAGGAAGCGAGACCAACAUGGCAUCCUACGUAGACUUUGAGACGUCCAUGGGAACGUUUACCAUGGAGCUGUAUGUACAACAUGCACCCCGUACAUGCAAGAACAUCAUCGAGUUGGCACGACGAGGGUACUACGACAACACGAUAUUUCACCGCAUUAUCAAGGUAUGCACUCUCAUAUGACAUUCAAUGCUCACUCACUCAUUCACACGCGGUACACGUAGGAAUUUAUGAUCCAAGGAGGUGACCCAACGGGUACAGGACGUGGUGGCGAGUCCAUCUAUGGGUACGUUGUUCGCCUCGUCGUCUUUGGGUUGAUGUGGGCAUCAUUGACUAUCAGGGGCAAGUUCGAAGACGAGAUUUCCCCACAGUUGAAGCACACUGGUGCUGGGGUGCUGUCUAUGGCAAACGCUGGUCCGAACACGAACGGCAGUCAAUUCUUCAUCACAUUGGCGCCGACGCCGUGGUUGGACGGAAAGCACACGAUCUUUGGUCGCAUCUCGGAAGGCAUGGGCGUGAUCAAGCGCAUUGGGCUCGUGCAAACUGGCGCCAACGACAAGUACGUGCCUAAUCACCGUUCCUUUGUCCAGACUUAUCAUAUACCAACACAGGCCGCACGACGAUAUCCGCAUCCUCCGCGCGUCGCCCAGAUAAAACUAGUAAUCCAACAUUCAACGUUUGAAUAAAAACUCUAUUCUUUGGU